AUGGAAAACUAUUCAAGCACUUACUUAAUUUUCUUACUUGUCAUUAUUUCUAUCAGUUAGAUUUAGUCAUAAACCUUGGAUGAAAUUAAAGCUCAAAUUGUCAAUGAAUGGAAAAGUAUUGCUUUAGAAUUGGUUCCUCUUGAUCAAGGAAACCAAGUCUAACCAACAUAUGAGAGAAGACUAUGGAAUUUCAUAUCAGAUUCUGAAUUCUCAAUGAAAAUUGAAGUGUUUAAUGACAGAUCUGGUUCAAAUAGACUCUAAACUUUCGAAGGAAGUGGAAUUAUAACAUACCAAGGUGAAAGUAAUGUAAUUCAAGGAGCAUUCCUUUGCUAAUUCCAUUUAAAUAAGACUUUCAUCUUAACACUUCAUACAGAUGAUCUUGUUCUUUAAUUUAACUAAAUUCAAAAUGGAGGGAUUACUUGGACCAAAGACAAACCUCAAGAUAUAACAUUAUUACCAGUGCCUGCUUUUAAUAAGUUAGCUGGUCAAUAUUUGAUAGCUUACGAUUUAAUUUAUAUUAGAAAUAAUUACCUAUACAUGGGUGAUGUUGAUGCUUUGGGUAACAUGGCUUCUAUUGACGAGCCACCACGAGGCUUAUGUGCUCCAUUAAUACCUUCAAAUGAUGAUAUAACACCACUAACAUUGGAUGAAUUAAAAGAAGAGAUAGUGAAAGGAGUAUGGACUAGCUUAGCUAAAGAAGUUCGACCAGGAUUAAAUAGUGAAGGUCAAGUUACUACAUCAUUCUAAACUAGAAAAUUUACUUUUCCUGAUGAUUCUUCAUUCACUUUAAUUGUAAGUAGUUAUCCUGGCCCUGGACAAACAGAAUCUCUGAUGGAUAUAGAAAUAAUUGGGGAUUUGAUAUGGGAAGAAGAUGCUUCUGCUGUGGUUCCUGGUGCUCAAUUUGCUUAAUUUGUGGUGAAUGAGUUUUAUCUAACACCAAAAACUGAUCAAAUGGUGUAAAAUUUCAAUUAAAAUUUACCUUAAGAUCUUGAUCCAUUUUAAUUGAAUUAAAAGGCAAAUUUAACAAAAAAGGAUUUUCCAGCUUUUGGAUUAUCAAAGGAUACAUAAAUUAAAGAAAAUGAUUUAUUAUAUUAAAGGGAAAACCGUUUAUAUUUAGGUGCAAGGCCAGUUGAUGGAAGAAGACCUUUCCCAACUGAAAGAAGAACUUACAGUUUAAGCGAUGAUCUAAUAGAUCCAGAGAGAAGUGCAUCAUUUGCCUACAUAAUCAUGCUAAACAUAUUAAUAUUUAGCAUAUGGAUUUGA